UCCUCGCGUCAUUCUGUGACAUGAAUUCAGAAUCCUGGCUAAUUGCUGCUGUAAAUCAGGGCAAAAAAGGAUAGAAUCUUUUUGUUCUGUGUUCUGGCAAAUUCCAUUACAUUAAGACUGUGCGCGACAAUUAUACCAAUCACGAUCAAAGCCUUAACAGCAAAAACAUUAUAGGGGGGAUUUUCCCGAACCAGUCAGAUCUCCACGACAGUUCUCGCGGGAGAGACAGUGAAUUCAAUUACAGAUCCGUGUAUGGAUACUGCCAGUGACGAAAUAGAGGUUAAAUGCUUCGAGUGAGGACUAAUUUCACACAUUUCUUAAGAUGAGAAGGACCGUCGAAAGAGACCAAGAUUAAUUGCUUCACGAAUAGAAGAGGAAGCCGAAAAGAAAAAAAAAACCCUCAGCCUCUUAAAAGACAGAUAUGUAUGUCUUAUGUGCUUUCAGCUACACAUAUUUUCUGGUUUAUGGCUUUUUGAACAUAUUGUUCGUGGACGCCGCUCGUAGAGAUUACAAGGCUUGCAGACAAGGUGUUGUUCCACUUCAUCAUGUAUUCCGGAUGGAUUGGUCGGACAAAACGACGGCGCAGAUUUGUAAGACUCAAACCAAGCACAUGAGCCUUUACCGGAUACCCAGUAAACGAAAGGAGCCUGAAUUUAUCCAGGUUGUUCUAACCAAACCAUGGGAUGUUUCCAAGGUGAUGGUGACUUUCUCCGGUACUGUACAUGAUGUCAGCUCCCACGAUUCCUCAUUCUCCUUCCUGUCAUGCGCAGAAAAUCACGACACUGUCCUGCUUCAGCAGACGGGAAAUAAAACCUACUGUGUUCAUUUCUUAGUCAAUUUGCAUACGAAGUCAUCUAAUAUAGGGAGAUUGUGGGUUACGGAGAAAAACGGAAAAGUGAAAGGAAUGAGUAUUAAAAUGAAUCACGAAGGUGUUCGUCCUAAUGCAUCACGAUUUAGAAGGAGUUACCCAGAGAUGCCCAGCUUGCAGUACGGGAACUCUUCCGAAAAAAUGUCAGAUAUAUCAGAAUGCGGCAACACCAGAAGCUGCUACAGGUAUGACAAAACAAACAGCCAAUGCGGACACAUGGAAUGUUCCUAUUUUUUGAGUUACACAUACAAAAAAACUCCGGAAAAAACGGAAUACGAAUUCGAUAUGGAGCUAAGCGGCCGAUCCUCGGGCUGGAUUGCUGUAGGCUUCUCUUCAGACCAACAAAUGAUGGGAGACGCGCUUAUCUGUAAGACAAAUGCCGCCACCCGGGAGAUCUCGGUUCGAGCCUACCAGAUAACAAUGAGACACUCCCUCCCUACACCCAAAGACGGCUUCGUUUCAAAUUUGACGUCUAGCGUACAAAGAAAUGGCUACUUGUAUUGCAGAUUUCAGUUUCGCAGUGGUCAAGACCAGAUAAUGGAGAUGACCAACGAUUGGUUCCAGCUGUAUGCAAAAGGUCCAAUCACUCACAACUCUAAUGAUGGCGGAAUAUCUAAGCACCAGGAGACGCCACUAAUGUCGGAUUACAAGAUCAGUCUGAUAAAAAGCGUAGACAAAAUGAACGUGUACACCAGCGCAGGUUCCUACGUCACUUCCGGCCCAAUACUGUGGUUUUUGACAUGGACUUUUUUCACAAUAAUUUUAUUUUUCAGCUAAUUGAUUUUUUUUUCUCACUUUUUUAAAUUGGAUGUUGUUGAAUUUUUUUUUUUUGUGUUUUAGUUCGAACCAAAGUAUUGCCACAUCAUUAACUGUAUAUAACAACUUAUCAUUGAAGUUAUAAACGAUUUAGACAAGAUUCUAUCUUGUAAUCUAAAUAUUGCUUUUCCGGUUUCGGUGUCGUUUAACGUGAAAAUAACAAAAACACACACAAAACUUGAUACCGGUAGUCAUUGAUUAUUUGUAGAUUAUUGAUUUAAAAAAUGUUUUAUUGUAUUAGAAAUAUAUAAAUGAUACACAUUAUUGAUCGCUCUUGCCCCUAAUGUAUCUUUUCUCCCUCUGUCGUUUCUCGUUUCUCUCUCUCUCUCUCUCUCUCUCUCUCUCUCUCUCUCUCUCUCUCUCUCUCUCUCUCUCUGUGUUCAAGUGUCUUUCAGACUGCUAUUUGUUGUGUUUUGUGUUAUGUUUGUACUUGUUGAUGAUUGUCCUUUACAAAAUGUAAGCUCACUAAAAUCAAAAUAUAAACAUAAUACAUGAAAUUAUGUUUUGAUCUAAAGAAUCUAUACUCUUUCCCAAGAUGUCCCCUAUUCAGAUUUUGCUUAAUUACUCGAUAUUUAUAAAUACCUCAGAGUUCUUAGGAUGUUCAUUCAGAUAAGGAAAAAUUUCAAGAUUCGCCCCCAUUAGCUUAUCAGGUUUCAAUACACAUCUUAAAAAUGUUAUGUCUACGAGGAUUUCGUACUGAAGCAAGCCCGGAUGAUAAUUUUGAAAAAUUGCGCGAGGUAUUCCAAGUGACUUCCGAAUGGAGAAAAGAUGUAAACAUUCCCCAUUAUAAAUCUCCGUAAGAAAACUUAUUUCAAUCUGUAAAUUUUUCCGAGAGAAAAAUGAAAAAUGUUUGAAUGAAGAUAUCUUGGAAAUUUUCCCUUUCAUCGAUUUCAACUGCACUUCAUUCACAGGUAUGUUUAUUUUCAUUAAAAAUCGUCCAAAACUUAUUUCGUUCCUGUAAAUUUUUCCGAGAGAAAAAUGAAAAAUGUGUGAAUGAAGAUAUCUUGGAAAUUUUCCCUUUCAUCGAUUUCAACUGCACUUCAUUCACAGGUAUGUUUAUUUUCAUUAAAAAUCGUCCAAAUGUGCGGCCAUUGGGAUCUUGGGACAGACUGCAGUAGAUUUUUGUUAAAAACACUUUACACAAUUGUUUGUCUUUACCAUAAUAUAUCAUGAAACUGUCUUUUCUCUGUCAUUUUUUUCACCAAAUAAAGGUUUGAUAUUUAUAAAUGUCUUGUG